UCCAGUUAUACUGUGUCUGCCGGGAGCCGAUUAAAAUGUAGCUCUUUUCCGUUUGACUUUUCAUAGAAAAGCCCAAGACACCACCACAGGGAGAGAUAAAAUUUCUCAGUGAAUAAUGCUUUCCUGUUCAGCGCAGUUCACCCUCUCGCUUCAGGAAUUAUCAUUGUUAUGAAAUAAAUGGCAGAGCACUGAACAAUAUGGAGUUUUGUUGGCUGAGGAUACUGAUAGGAUUAUUCGUCCUGAGGAGAGAGCACGCUUUCGUCCCCGAGAGAAUCGUCCGCGCUUCUGGGGAGCAGGCCACGCUUCCCUGCGAGUCCCUGAGCCCCGGGACCCGUUGGUUUUGGCUCCCUCUGAGUCCCAGGUGUGCCGAGGUCCAUAGGGGUUACGUGGAAAUAACCUGGAGCCUUACGGGAAAUGAGGUGGCUCCUGUUCGGUUCGACAAGCGGCUGGCAAACCAGACAUCAGGAUCCCUGGUCCUCCGGAAUCUGGUCAUGAGCGAUUCAGGCACCUACGUCUGCCGUUCGCCCGACGGCUCAGAGACUCGAACCAUGCUGGACGUGACUGCAGGCUGCCACAACAACGUCAUUGUCACCUUCUGGUGGCUCAACGCCUCCUCUUUGUGGCUCAGCUGCCGUCACUGCCACUCGCCAGGCAACUUCAAGGAAAAGUCUUUUCGCUGGAUGCUGAACUCAAAACCACUGGGCAACGAGCGCUGGUUCGAGAAGACCAAUUACGGGUCCCUUGUCCAAUUACUGUCCACCCGGCGGAAGGCUUGGGGGCGCUGGGAAUGCCACUCUCUUGCCAAUCACACUUGGGUCUCUGAAAUUUGCUUGGAGCCACCCGUCCGAGAGAAGGGCGCAGGCUGCACUUCUGCGAUAAAUCCAGCCAGAGUGAACGAGGAACUUUACCAGAGGAAGAGUCUGGAUGAGGGACCUGCUUCCCUCCAUUAUGCACAACUGGAAUAUCCCCGAAGGAAAUCCACCUCUGCUUGGGCUCAAGACAGCACCACGGUUUAUGCGGUCAUUGUCUGACGCCAUCACUUCCGAGGCCCACACUUCGAACAUUGGCAACCACAACUUCUACAUCUCCUCUGCACAGUUCCUUUUGCUGCUUCCUCUCAAUGCCUCCGGAAACAGUGAACAAGAGGUUCCCACAUAUGACUUUUGCUCCUCAGACUCCAUGUCCCCAAAAGCCACCCCAGUCUCCUGCUUCCUUUAAACAGGCCUGCUUUUUGUUACCUUUUCUGCUGGCUGCCUCUCUCUCUCUCUGGUUGUGAGAGAGGGAAAAAGCACAACAACUUUGUUCAGAUUUUCACUUUGGGCAAUAUGGCAACCCUAUUUUAAAAUAUAUUCAAAGCGCAUUCUUGCCCCCUCAAAGAAUUCUGGGCCUUGUAGCUUGUUAAAGCGGUGCUGGGAACUGCAACUCUGUGAGGGGUAAACUACAGCUCCCAGAAUUCCUUGAGGGAAUGAUGGUGCUUCUAAGGUGUUUUAAAUGUAUAGUCCAGUGGUGGCAAACCUUGGCCCUCCAGACGUUUUGGAACUACAACUCCCAUCAUCCCUGACCACUGGUCCUGUUAGCUAGGGAUGAUGGGAGUUGUAGUUCCAAAACAUCUGGAGUGCCAAGUUUUGCCACCACUGGUACAGUGUGUGUGCACCACACACACUGUCUCUCUCUCUCACACACACCUUUCCCAUCAAAUGUUUUCUCAAGAUCUGCCUCUUCCUUAAUCUCACAGAGUCAGGGCCAGAUUUAGAGGCCCUAAGCACUGAAAAUGUCGUGGUGCAGCCCGCCACGUCAUUCAAAAUGAAAACCAUGCUAAACUGUAAAAUAAACUUUUUUAAAAAAAGUAAAACAUUGCAACACGUGACAGGAUCUGAUUUCCUCACGUUAUUUCAAUUUGUACCCGUAGGUGCCCCCUGGUUUAGGUAGAAAUAAGUAAUAAAUAAA